GAGCAGGUUCACACGUGACGUGUCAGUGACAUCAUCUUGUUGACGUAUAACCACAGGUCGAGAUGAGAUGGUCGAGAAUAUUCGGUUUUUUAUUUCUGACUGAUCGCCAUGUUCACAGACGCAGUUGUGCGUGACGCUCCUCCCGCAGCGGACAGACGCGCUGAGGCGGGAUGGUUGGUACCGAGAUCCACUGCCUGCUCUUCCACUAAGCACCGGGACAGAACCGGGUCAGAGUCGGUGAUGUUCUCCGGUAGGAACAGCCUCCUGUACGGACCCAUGGAGGAGCUGCAGGAGCUGCAGGAGCUCGCCUUCAUCGAGAGGCCGAUCCGCAGGAGUCUCAAGACGGCUGAGGAGAUCGAUCAGCUGACUGUGGACGAAGACCUGAACGACAUCGAGAGAGCCGUCUACCUGCUCAGCGUCGGUCAGGAGGUGCAGAGACUCAGCGUCAUCAGUAACCUGCCGAGUCUGGUCCGCCAGAAUCCAGCGGAAACAUUUCGUCGAGUCGUUCCUAAAGUUCGGGAGGUCCUGAACACAUCUGGAGCUGAAAUCCAGCUGUCGGCAGCAGCAUCGUUUUUAACCAUCCUACAGGAUGACAUCAUCCUGAUCCACACCCACACCUACUCCAUCCUGAAGACAGUCCUGUUGCACCUGAACCACAGAGACACAGUUGUGAGCAAUGCCUGGUUGGAGACUCUGCUGUCAGCCAUCAAUGCUCUACCCAAGGAGACCAUCAAGCAGGAGGUGCUGAACCCUCUCCUCUAUCAGUCUCAGUUGUCUCACUCUCUUCAGACUCGUCUCGCCACCUGUCGCAUUAUAGGAAAAGUCGCCUCCAAGUUUGACCCUCACAUAGUGAAGAAGGAGCUCGUGCCGUUGGCCCGCUCGUUAUGUCAGGAUGUGGAGAUCGAGGUCCGAGUCAGUAUGUGCCGUCAGCUGGAGAGCAUCGCCAGGGCGACCGGGGUGGACGACACCAGGACAGAGCUGUUUCCUGACCUGGUGGAGCUCGCCAGAGAUGAGGAGAGCAGCGUGCGCCUCGCGGCCUUCGACACCAUCAUCAAUCUGAUGGAGAUGAUUGACAGUGAUGACAGAGUCCAUGUGGUGGUUCCUCUUGUGAUGUCGGUGUGUGAGGCGUCGUCUCAGGGGGAUGAAACUGUCUUGGCAUCUUUGUCAUUCCAGUUUGGGAAGCUCUGCAGUGGACUGGCAGGCUCUCUGUCCGACGAGCAGAAGGGCCGGUUGCUGCAGAGGUUUAAGGUUCUGUGUGUCGCCGGUCUGCAGACUGAAGACAUCAACGAGUCGAAGCUGAUCCGCUGCAACUGUUGCUACAACUUACCAGCAAUGGUGGUGUUUGCUGACUCAACCCACUUCCUGUCAGAGCUCUACCCGUCGUUCUCCGCUCUUUGUUGUGACCCAGAGGUCAGCGUUCGACAAAGUGCUGCAGCCAGUUUCCACCAGGUUGUGAAUCUGCUCGGUUCCAACGUGCAGGUGAUCCACAAAGAGCUUCUGGUUCUCCUGCAGGACGAUGCUCUGGAGGUACUGGACGCUCUGAUGAAUCACCUGGAAGAAACUCUGGAGGCCGUUCUGUCCAGAGGAGAGAACCUGACGUUGGACAACACACUCCCGGAGCUGCUGUCGGCUCUGUUGUUUGCGGAGCAAAAGGUUGGAUGUUCUCUGCGUUGGCGGCUGCAUGAGAAGCUGCUGCAGCGUUACAGCUGCCUGGCCAGACUGCUGCCUGGAGAACUGCUGCACCAGAGCUUCUCCCCUCAAAUCUUCAUCAUCCUCACCACUAAUAAGGUGUUGCCUGUGCAGAAGGAGGCGGCUCGGACGUUCUGCACAUUUCUCCGCUACAACCGCAAACUGGAGCAGCGUCAGGAGAUGAUGGAGCGACUGAUCCAAGAUCUGGCACAAGGUCGGAGCUACUGGAACCGUCUGAGGUUUCUGGACGUUUGUGAAACAGCCACGGAAUUUUUUUCCAGAAAAUACUUCAACAAACACUUUCUGAUUCCUGCGCUGGAGCUGGUCCAUGACCCGGUCGCCAAUGUCAGGUACAAGCUGUGCCAGUUGUUGCCUAGGUUACGUUCAUCACUUCGUCUUCCUGCUGAUAAACAGCUUCUGCAGCAACUUGACUUCUGUGUCCAGAAACUUCUCUGCAGAGAGAAAGACAAGGACGUCGUGGCAACCAUCCGCAAGACAGUGUUGGAACUGGACAAACUGGACCUGUCGGAACCGUUUCAGAGGAGGCAGGAGCGGGACGUCCUCGACCAGAAGAAAGAGAAGGAAGAGAUUCUGCUGCUGGAGAUGAAACAGUUGGAGCGACAACAGAAUGAAGGAAAACUAAUCCAUGAAAAACAAACGGAGAGAAAACGACGAGAAAGUAAAACCAGUCUAUCUGCAACCAAGUCCGUGUCCGUGUCCUCGUCUGGAGCUGCCUUGUCCUCUGGUAAAGAGAUGAGGAAGGCGAAACUGUCCCGGAGUCGAUCCCUCAGCAGUCAGUCGACAUCCAAACCCACCAACACAGAAAGAUCUGUGAAGGUUCAGGAUCUGAGCAGUUCGUCUGGACCUGGGAAGUCCUCCGUGUUACAGAGCAAAGAUGACUCUUUGAGGACUGCCCACUUCACUCUGUCAACCCAGUCAACCUCAUCCAUGCCAGUCCUGAUCCGCAGCAACACCACCAGCCUCCUGGACAGAGCUAGUGCAUUGGACCACAGAACCAGUACCUUGGACCAGAGGGAUCAACGGACCAGUACCUUGGACCACAGAGAUCAUCGGACCAGUACCUUGGACCAGAGAGAUCAUCGGACCAGUACCUUGGACCAGCGCAGUAAAACGAUGGACCGGGGUUGUGGGGUUAAGGACAGCCAGUCCAGAAAGCUGUCAAUAAACAGGAAGUCAAACUCUUUCAGCGUCCAGUCCGGACGAGACUGAAGACGUUGAUGUCAUAGUGCCAUGGGGCCAUCAGCCAAUCAGCAGAAAGCGAGCAGUUUCAGGACAUUACCCAGGAUGCAACAGGACAUGAUCUCUGUUUGUAUCCACUGAGCGUUGUGUAUGAAUGACCUCAUCCUGUCACCUGAUUGGUUCAGUAAACUCCACACACUCAAACUGUUA